AUGGGGAACAAGAUAAAGAACAGGGUAAAAUACAAGUACAACGAUCGAUCAAGAUUAAGGAAUCGGAGGAACCAGAGGAUUCAAGGAAAGCAUCGGUGUGAGAAAUGUGGGAAGACUUUUCGAUCUUAUCAAGCUUUGAAAAGUCACAAAACCACUUGCUACAGAGACGAAGCCGGCCAUGGCGGUAAUGAGAGAAUCUUCGAAUGCCCAUUUUGCAACAAAGUGUUUGGCUCUGGACAAGCACUGGGCGACCAUAAGAGAUCUCAUCUCUUGGCUUCUUCACCAACUGUCAGUGGUUCUGAUGAUAUCAAGCUUUGGAAAGUCACAAAACCAUUUGCUACAGAGACGAAGCCGGCCAUGGCAGUAAUGAGAGAAUCUUCGAAUGCCCAUUUUGCGACAAAGUGUUUGGCUUUGGACAAGCACUUGGCAACCAUAAGAGAUCUCAUCUCUUGGCUUCUUCACCAACUGUCAGUGGUUCUGAUGAUAUCAAACCAGCUAGCGAUGCUUGCCGGAGGCGGUCUUUGA